CUGGGCCUGUUGCACUUCUCUCUGAAAUUUCCUUGAAAAUUAAAAAAAAAAAGGCUAUAUCCAUUCUCUUUGCAUAAAGCAUUUCAUUUUAUUUUAUUAUUUAGUUGAACAUUUUUUGCACCGCAAAGAAAGUCGCUGGGUUAUUUAUUUUGCACAAACUGGACAGCAAAAACAACGAUGAUUUCACUUCGGAACCACGUGGCUAAUGGCUGAACUUCCUCGACUGGGACAGCAAUGUCAGGUUUCUGAUUGCAAACUUUUAGACUUCCUGCCAUUUGAGUGCUCCUAUUGUUCUAAGGUUUACUGCUUGGAGCACAAAUUUCCUGAUUCUCAUGGCUGUAGUAAGUGUAAUCUCAGUGAUCUGCCACCAAGCUCAGAUGAUGCACUGCCUUUGCUUCGUAAGUGCAGCAUUGUGCAGUGCACAGCAGCUGGCACUGAAGUGGUUGUUUGUGACAAAUGCGGUGCUGAUGUUUGUUUAAAACAUAGACAUUCCUGGGACCACAAAUGUCUGGAGGAAGAAGAAAAGGAAGAGGUUUCUAAAACUGCAGAACAUGUUGGUAAGAUUUUAGAAAAAGCAUCCAAACCAAAACCACAAGGGACGGCAAAACCAAGUGCUAAAGUGGAGAAAAUGGCUGCAAAGCUAGCACUUAUGAAGUUGAAGAUGAAAGCUGUUGGGGACAAGAACGUUCUCUCAGAGAAUCGAGUACAUUUGUUAGCAUUCUUACCAAAACAGAGUGGACAAGAAUCAAAAGCUCUUUACUUUUAUAAGGCCCUCAAAGUUGGUAAAGUGAUCGACAAAUUAAGUGACAACUAUAACAUUCUGAAUAAGAAUAAUCGUUCUGAUGAUAAGUGUCUUGCCUUGUUUUGCCAUUCUGAUGGGCAUCGGUUACCUGUUGAGAAAUCUCUUGAAGAGUUGAUAAAAUUAGAAGAAAUUUUCGAUGGAUCUUCAGUCAUCUUGGAAUAUACUGACUCUGUUACCUCCUGUCUGGACAACCUUGAAGAUUAUCACAAUUAAACUCUGAUGUACAGCUAUUUUGUUAAAGCUUUGUUGAUGUUCCUCAUGUGGGUCAUUGUGAAGAAGUGCUGGAUUGAACCAGGCACUGGUGUUACGUUUGCUUGGUCACAGCGGUACUCUGAGAAAAACUUACACACAACUGACACACUUGUAUGCUUUUAUACCUGAGGUAAUGUGCAAAUGGAGCCUUUUUUCUCCACCAUUCCAAUUACUUGUGGUGCCUAGGAGCAGUUGUUUUGCUGCAGCUACUUGCUGGAGAUUCAAUGUACCAAGGAAUAUGGACAAAGUGAUGUUGCUGCAUUUUCACUUUGAGAAAAUCUGAACUUUGUAGGUUGAAAGCAGUUUUUAAUGUAUCAGUACACCUGUCUAUAAUUUGAAAGUUUCAUUUCUUGUAACAAUGGCUUGAGAAGGUUUGUUAUCUGUUGAGGUAGUUCAAAAAUAUUUUGUACAGAUUUUUAAUAUGUUAACUUCUGCACUCCCCAAAUACUCCAGUUAGAAAGAAAAUAGUGUCAAAAUGAAGAUGUAAGAGUAAAUACUUGUUGGAAAAAAUUUAUUCUAAUUGCAAAUAUUUCUUCAGCACAUUGUAUAACUGAUGAAUGUGUUGAUGUCCUGCAAUGCUGGGCUUGAAAGUCUCUAGUGAAGAACAUAGACACUACCUGUACAAACAAACAAAAUAGUCUUUUCGACCGAAGCAUGUAUGGUCACAAUUCUCAAGUGGUGCAGUUGGUAUUUGGUGAACAAGUGUGUUGCGGUUUUUUUUGUUUUUUUUUGCAGGGAGCUUUUUAUUUUAAUUGGUAUUGAAAUAUUUUUUUCUUAUGCUCUUCAACAGGCUUCUGAGGGGUGAAAUUAUUUCAUUCUACAUCAAAUUGCAUAUUCUUUUCUUCGUUGCACCUGUGUAUGGUAAAGAAGCUCUUCUGUAUUGUCUUAAGGUCUCUUUCAAAUUGUGAAAAUGGAAUGUAAUUGGUGUUUGUUCAAGAAAAUAUAUAAUAUACACACUCACAUGUGGUGCCCUCUGGAUAUGCAUUAAUGUUACAGGAGGUAACUAUCUCUUCACAGCAUGAGUUGAGAUUUUGAAAUGGAAAUCAAAGAAUACGAAGAGGAAACAUAGUUCCCAUUUUUUUUUUUUCCAAUGACAAAGUUCUUACAAUAUCUAGUUUCUAGUAAUCAUAGUACUAUUUCAUCCCUUUUAAAUAUCAUCAGCAUGGCUUAAUGUGUGUGUGUGUGUAUAGUCUUUUAUUUGUUUCCAUCAUUUGACUGCGGCCAUGCUGGAGCACUGCCUUUAGUCGAAUAAAUCGACCCCAGAACUUAUUCUUUGUAAGUUUAGUACUUAUUCUAUCAGUCUUUUCCUGAACCGCUUAGUUACGGGGACAUAAACACACCAAUAUCAGUUGUUAAGGGAUAUUGUGGGGACAGACAGACAGACACACACACACGCACAUAUAUAUAAUGAGCUUCUUUCAGUUUCUGUUUACCAAAUCCACUCACAAGGCUUUGGUCAGCCCGGGGCUAUAGUAGAAAACACUUGCCCAAGGUGCCAUGCAGUGGGACUGAACCCAGAGCUAUGUGGUUGGUAAGCAAGCUACUUAUAUAGCCACACAUAUAUAUGACAAGAAAUAGUUUUUGCCUCUUUUUAUGGAGACAAAAGGGUUUAUAAGACUGCAAAAAAGAAGUGCUCAAAUGUAAUUGAGACAGAGAUAAAAAAAAACAUUGAUCAUAGAACAAAUAUCACAUUUGAGUCAACGACUUUAUAUAUAACACCACACCUCCAAACAUUUGUUCAUGUAUAUAAAUAUUACCAUGGCCCUUAAACAUAUAAAGUGUACAUAUAUAAAAAACACAAGGUAAAAAUAUAUAUAUAUAUAUAUAUAUAUAUAUAUAUAUGCGAAUAAAAAUACAGAUAUAUAGAAUGGCCUAUCAAGAAGCUAUAUACAAUCAACUAAAAAUUGUAAAGCGUAUCAUGUGACUAAAAGUCUAAAUAAAAUAAAUCAGCUAAAAAAACUUUUUCUUACUCUCCUCGGUUUUAUCAUUCUCUGGUAUGUUUUCCUCUUCCUUUAUUUGGCAAAAUGGGAGGAAGGAGUAGUCUGGAAUUACAUAUUGGGAGGUGUCAACUUCCAUGUACUGAGUGUGUAAAAAGCUUUUCCUCAAAGGAAAACAAUUCGCCCCCAAAUAGGGGGAAUUUUCACAAAAAACAAACCUGCUAAAGCAGGCAAUGUGUCCAAAAGACACAGAAAACAGCAAACGUUGUAUAACAGUUCAAAACACAAUGGUAAUCCUAAAAGGGAAAAACCAACAAUUAAACAAGAGCAGUAAAAAGCACUGAAAGAGAAUGUAUUUCUUGAAGUUGGUUCACCAUUUCUUCUGAAACUGCUGGCUGUCCAGAUCCUGUUUUCCGACACAGCCUUCCUUUUGAAACUUAUUAUACCACAUCCAAAUCUGCUUUCCCGUUGACGCUUGUUAAUGAAAUCUAACAAAUACAUGUUGCAUAUUCAAAUUUGACUGAGUUUGGUCCUACUUCAAUACACAAAAUGCCUUUUCUGUUGCAGUAAAUGGCAUGUCUAAUCCUGAAAAGAAAAAAAACAUAUGACAGAUCAUAUAUUAAGUAUAUUGAAUUCUAGACAUGCUACUAAAAUUUUGGACAAUUUGUUCAUGUUAUUACGCGAUGAAAUGAUGUCAGAUUUAUUGGGACACCCUAUAUAUGUGAAACAGUCUGAAGACCUAUGUAGAUAGAUAAUGUAUUCAAAAUAUAACUGUGUUUAAUAUACUUAUGUACAUUGAAGCAAAUAUAACAAAAUUAUAGCUGUUUUGUUCUUUUACAUUUAUUUUCAAUAAAUAUUAUGAAAUAGUUCAGAUCUCUCUGUUAACCUUCCCUUAUACAUCCGACUUUACUGAUAUCUUUUAAAUUAUGUAUGUAAAUGUAUUUUUUUGUUUUGUAUUCAAGAAUAAAAUACAUUAUUGCUUUG